CAAGCCAAAACUACCAAUUGAAGAAUGUCCUUCACCAGCAUAUGUGCUUAAAAUUGGACAUGUUUGUAAGUAAUUCACUUUACACUUUACCCUAAAUGUUUUGGUCGUGUGCGUAACAUACUCACGAAGAACGCAAGUCUUACGUAUAACAAAAUGGCGCCGACUUCCACAAUGCUAAACUGAACGCCUAGCAUAACAUCAGCAUGUCCCCCGUUUUCACAGACGGUAUAAUUGAACAAAUUAUACACUUGUAGAGCUAUUGUUCAAUAUUUGUGUUGUCAUGUAAACAAAUAAUACUCUUAAAAGGUUUCUUCCGGUUUGUCUUUUGCAUUGUUUGUAAGUAAAUAUGUUCAGUGUUCAGUUAAUAAUAAUGUCAAGAAGACAGGUAGCGAUUAUAUAUAAAUAUUACAAGUAUUAGCUACUAUCAAUUUUAAAAAAAGUAAAUAGUAGCAUUAGUAGUUUGCAUUGACCCAUUCAUAAUUUUUUGUACUGCUUUUCCACACUGGUUGCGGGUAUGCUGGAGCCAUCACAUUACUGAAAAUACCUCAAAAUGUUUUCAAAUAUUAGUUAGCAUUCAUGACUUGUUGAGCAAUUUAUGUCAAAAUGGUAGUUAGCCGUCCAUAUGACAAAAAACAAAAAUAUGCUUAUGUCCAAACUAAAUUUUUGUUUACGUUACAGUUUGUAAAAAUGACUCCACAUUCUCAUCAAUUCCCAAAAAUGUCCCAGCUUUUUCCAACUGAAUAUAUCCAAAAUACCUUGUCUAAGUUUCUGGAAAUUUACCAAAAUGCUCAAACACUUUUCAGCCCAACAGUACGUGUAAAUGGCUCUUUAAAUUGACACCAAAAUCCACAAAAACACCAAGCACCCCAAUGAAAAGGAUCCUUAUAAAGCAGCUUUGUGCAAAUGAGUGUUAUGAUCUGUGAUUCAACCCGCUGAUCUUUGAAUGUGACCCCCGUUGAUGUGUUUUGCUUGAUAACUUAAUUGGUGACACAACACCAGGCAGCUGUUUGCUCCUUAUAGUCAUGCAGAAAAUCCUCCAAAUGAGUGCGGGACAAUUCCCUCUUCAGAUGCAGUGUCACAGCAGCGUACAGUCCUGAGAGACAGUCUAUCCAGUGCUGUAAGGUCUCCCCCUGUGAGUGGCACCCUAAGGACACGCCCCCUUAACCACCAUGAAAACACAUAAGGACAAAGGGCAGACAAAGACAAGAAACAGGGUCACUGGGGAGCUGGAGGGUAUUCCCAGAUGGCUUUAGUCGAAAAACUACAAACUGGAUUGAUCACCUUUGAGCUGGAAAUGGGGGUACUUGAGGCUUAUCUUCAGGCAAGAGCACGACGCACUUGGACCUUCACGGGUCGAUAGGGAGCAACUCAUCAGAGAGGCGGAACACAAAUAGACAUCGAUGGCGGCCGCAGCACGCCGGCGGAUGAACAGGAAUGAUUUUCUAAGGCGAGGACAAAUAUGAGAAAAAAACAAUCACCAGACUCAAUAAGCGAGCUCGGUGGCAAGUGAUGGUGGUGUAGCUGUCUCUCUACUGGGAUAGACUCCAGCCUCCCUGACGUACAAUAGAAAACGAAUGGACGAACAGAUAGAUUGCGUCAUCACCUCUCUCAAGUAACAGGAGAUUCCUCUGAGGGCCGUGCUCAUUGCUGUUGGUGAGGGCAGCUGCAGGUGGAGAAAAGAGGAGGCACCUGGCGGCGGAUGCUCCAGACAGAUGUUAAAGUGCUUGAUCUGGUCGGGCUUGACGCGGCGCAGUGCAAUCCGCGACUCUCCGAUGAACUCAUUAUGUGUCAGCUUGUCUUCGUCACACACAGACACCCUGGCGUUGAGACAUGAAGGAUGAGAAAGGCUCCUGGCAGAAGGUGCAGCUUCACAUAAGGAUCGGACAAGCCGUUGAAAUCCAUUGGUUUCAAUCCCUUGCAGAGACACAGAAGGAUAUAAAAGUAUUCAGCAUUGGAAGACAGGGUUGGAUAAAGGAGAUUGAUUUCCUGUGGCCACCCCUGAAGGGACAAGCCCAAAGAGAAAGAAGAAGUAAUCAUCAGCACAACAGCUGCUACAGUGGAGCACUACAAGGCGGCCAUGUUGCUGAGUGGAUCAGGUGAUGCUCUGGGCUACCGGAAGCAGCUAUGGGAGUACAACGAGUCAGGACCUGAUAUUCAUAAGGAACUUAAAGAUCUUGGCGGGUUAAAGAACAUUAAAGCCGAACUCCCUGAUUGGCCAGUAAGCGACGACACCGUCCUCCAUCUUGCCACGGCGGAGGGUCUCGCCACGGGGAAGACAGGGGAGGAACUUCUUCACGAGGUGGCUGCUCGCUACGUGGAGGGCAUGAAUGAUAUGGAAGGGAGGAAACCAGGACCUUCUAGCAUUCUGGGAGUGUCCCAACUGAGGCCUGGUGAGGAGGGGGGGUACAGAGUUCCAUAUAACCCUGAAGGCACCGGCUGUGGAGCCGCCAUGAGAUCAAUGUGCAUUGGUCUGAGAUAUCCAAAGCCUGACCAGUUGCUGACCUUGGUGGCGGUCGCCGUGGAGACAGGUAGAAUGACCCACCCUCACCCCACGGGCUUCCUAGGUGCCGUCGCCUCAGCACUUUUCGCCGCCUACGCCAUCCAACGGCGGCCAAUCACAACUUGGGGUUUGGGCUUGAUCAACGAGGCCUGUCCAAUCGCGAGGAGCUUUGUUCAGCGUCGAGGCUUCGCCGUGGAGGAGGUGGAGAAGGAUUGGAGUUACUUCUGCGACAAGUGGCAGUGGUAUAUGGACACAAGGGGUAUCUCUAACGGGGUGGGCCCCGUAAUUUGGCCGUCUUUGUAUGGCCCGGCUGAACGGGACGAGGCGUACAAGGGUUUCAGCCUGGCAGGGUGGGCAGGCCGCAGCGGUCACGACGCUCCCAUGAUUGCAUUGGACGCCCUGCUGGGGGCAGGAUCAGACUGGGAGGAGCUGAUGAGCAGGGCGGGCUUCCAUGGAGGUGACAGUGACAGCACUGCUGUGAUCGCCUGCUGCUGUUGGGGUCUUCUCUACGGCACCAAGGGGGUCCCUGAAGGCAACUACAGCAACCUGGAGUAUCGGGAUCGACUGGAGCGAAGUGGAGAGAUGCUCUACACCCUGUCACACUGAGGUGCCCCGACACUGACAUGGAAACAGGCCACAUGCUGACAUAGGACGAGUGGGGAGGGAGUGUGUGUGUGUGUGUGCUAUAUUUGCCUGAAGGGGACACAAUGUCCCACUGACCCACAGAGGAGUCACAACAAGGACAAGUGUCACAUGUUUUCACGGUGGCUGCUAAAGGGAGACCCCUAGUGACCAUUUGAAAUAAUUACUAUUGUUCUGGAGUGGAACCAAUCAAGCUAAUGAGAACACUGGGUUGUAAUUACAUGGUUUUGUGCAAAAAUGACAAAUUGUGAAUACUAUUUUCCUGAAGUGUCACUGCCACAUUAAACUACAUAAUUCACUAUAAGAACACAAUGUUGUAGUUAAGUUGAAAACUUUAUUUUUUGGUCAUUAUGUUUUAAAUUUUUUUUUGUCUUGUCCAUUUUUUGUAUUUUAUUUUAUUUGACUAAAGAAGAGAAGAGUGAUUUUGAACUACCGGGGUCGAGUUAAAAGAAACGAUUUGUUAAAACCCCCCACCCUCUCCUCUUCAAAUCCCUCCUGUCAUGCAUCAGAGUCCUGUUUCUUGCUGUCAACAAACCUCUUCAAGCACUUGGCUGAUUCCCCUUGGACAACUCCGAGUUGGCAAGGUGCCCCAUGCUUCUGAGAAAAGGAAAAAAAAGUUGAAGAGAAGAGAAGGAUUGUUGUUCUGCCAUCAUCUGUUUUUCUUAAAAAAAAAUGUCCUCCUCUUCUGGGGCCAAAACAGCAACAGAAGAUAAAAAGGUGCUAUGAGACUUUAGUCCGGUCCCCGCUGCACUUUUUCUGUCAGUCUUGUUUUUAUAUGUUCAGUCACGUCUCAUUUCUAGGAGGAUGAGGAUCGGACAAGUCUAGUUUCCAGGUGGAUGGAAGGUGGCGGGAUGUGUCUGGACCUGCAUUGCUGUGAGCAGUAAAAAAAAAAAAAGAUGUUGGGAUUCAGACAUUGUGAGCCGUACGUUUGACAGGUGUUUCCUACCUGGAGGAUGGCCUAUGUAAAAGUGUUGGUGUGUUCCUUGCUGUGGGCCGUGCUGCGGGUGCUGGGGGACCGAGCCGGGUCCCUGCUGAGGGGGAGGCUGGAGCAUGACUAACUGGGGUUGACCGUGGCUCCCUGAAUGGUGGGGACCUGACAUGGCUCCUUGUACGUGGGCCUGACGGAGGGAUACGCAAAACAGUGUCAUGUACAAUUGACUAUUUGACUGACAAGGCACUCAAACGCAAGUUUCAAGUUGCUGAUUUUCAUUAGGAAUAUUAUAUUAUUAAUAUUAUUAAUAUUAGUCUUAUUUACAGUAUGCAUUUAUCAAUAAUCAUUUUCAAAUGCUGAUAUAUCAAAUCUGAAUAAUUUCUUGAAAAAAAACGACAUACCAAGGCUACUUUCAAAUGUUGAAUAAAGUUUUUUUAAAUAACUAUUGUAAAUGAAAGUAAAUAAUUAGAGAAAGUAAAUGUUACCUGUGCGAGCUGACCCAGGGGGUAUGUGGGUGGGAUGCCCUGGUGGCCAUGGAUGCUGUAUCCCUGAAUGGGGUAGGAGCCCUGUGGG